UUUGGGGAAGAAGCAGGAGAGUCUGAGCUGCAGAGCUGCAGAGCUGCGGAGCUGCGGAGCUCAGAGACCGGAAGCUAAAUGAAAGGAGCGCUCCGCAGAGCGACAGCUGCGCCUUCGAGAACCAGAGAUCUAAAUUCACACCCAGACUGUGGAUGCUGCUGAUGUGAGGCAGUGGUGCUUGUGACGGAGGUGUAGACGCGGAAACAACGGAGCGGCGGCUCCACCAGCAGCAGCAGCAGCAGCAGUCUGUCGGCGGAUGGAGAUGCGUUGUGAAGGCGGAGGGAUGAUGAUGAUGAUGAUGAUGAUGAUGAUGUUAUAGCAGGUGCUGCAGGGUCGUGCCGCAUUGCCUGGCCGCCGCGAGCGACGCCGGGGAGACGGGGAUGCUGUCGUCGUCAUUGUGUCACAGAGAGAGAUGGAGGGAAGCAGCUGUGUGUCGGCUCUGAGCUCAGGCCGCCCGGAUCAGCAGGUUGGAUGUACCGCCUGAAGCCUGGCUGCAGGACCUGAGUCAUGAUAUACAUGGUGGAAAACAAUAAAGUUAAAAUUCUUGAAGGUGGAAUUGAAAUUGUUUCUGUGCGUAAAAGUGAAUGGCCCAUAUGUGUGUUGAUAAUGCAUCAUAGGAGCAUCACAGCAGCAGCGUCUGUGCCAGUUCAGGGUGGAUUACGUCUACAGAGCAGCAGGCCUCCAUCUGAAGUCUGAGCCAGAGAGAAAACCAUUUCAUUCACUUCACCCUGUUGCUGGAGGUAACAAUUUAUUCUGUUGUUUCACCCGUGUGCUGUGGUCCCCCGCGGAGGGACAGCUGUUGCAAGAGAUGACUCACUUACAGGCUGGCCUCUCUCCAGAGACCCUGGAGAAGGCCAAGGUGGAGCUGAAAGAAAACCCGGAGACUUUACACCAGGACAUCCAGGAGGUCCGGGACAUGAUCAUCACCCGGCCGGACAUCGGUUUCCUCAGGACAGACGACGCGUUCAUCCUCAGAUUCCUCCGGGCGCGGAAAUUCAACCACUUCGAGGCGUUUCGACUGCUGGCACAGUAUUUUGAGUACCGACAGCAGAACCUGGACAUGUUUAAAAACCUGAAAGCCACCGACCCGGGCAUCAAGCAGGCGCUGAAGGACGGUUUCCCCGGCGUGCUCUCCAAUCUGGACAGAUACGGCAGGAAAAUACUGGUGCUGUUCGCAGCCAACUGGGACCAGAGCAGAUACACGUUCGUGGACAUUCUGAGGGCGAUCCUGCUGUCGCUGGAGUCAAUGAUAGAAGAUCCGGAGCUGCAGGUCAACGGCUUCAUCCUCAUCAUCGACUGGAGCAACUUCACCUUCAAGCAGGCGUCCAAACUGACUCCCAGCAUGCUGCGUCUGGCCAUCGAGGGGCUGCAGGACAGUUAUCCUGCCAGAUUUGGAGGAAUCCACUUUGUGAACCAGCCCUGGUACAUCCACGCUCUGUACACCGUGAUCCGACCCUUCCUCAAAGACAAGACAAGGAAGAGGAUCUUCAUGCACGGCAACAACCUGAACAGCCUCCACCUGCUCAUCCAUCCGGAGAUCUUGCCGUCGGAGCUCGGCGGGAUGAUGCCGCCGUACGAUAUGGGCACGUGGGCGCGGGCGCUGCUGGACCACGCCUACGACGAGGAGACCGACUACUGUCCGGAGUCCUACACCCUGUCAGUACAAGACCUGGAGAGAGACCUGGACAAGAACCUGUCCCCGAAGACCAUGAAGAGGUCUCAGUCUGUGGUGGAACCAGGCGUCCUGAAACGACCUGACAAAGUGAAGAGUGAAGAAGACAACAUGCAGCCGCUGCUCUCGCUGGACUAAUCCACACCUUCAGCUCGAAAGCAUAACCAAUAUUUACACACACUAACACACUGACUUACUCGUGCACCUACUGUCAGCGCCCUGAACACACCUUCCUGCAGAACGUGCUGCUGCUGCACCGGAGGAAAACUCGAAAUGAGCAGACGAGAGACAAGAAGGACGUUUCCUCGCACCGCAGAGCUCCUGGUGGCGGUCUAAAUGUUUAUUUAUUUAGUUAUUUGUCAAGUGCCAAUUCCAAAAAACAAAAAAACUGUAA